GUGUGCACGGGGAGCGGCGGCCGGAAGGAGCCAUGGAGCAGCUGCCCCUUCCCAGUGCUGCAGCAGCAGAGGAGCAAGACUGGGAAAGCGAUGACGUGACAGACAGCGAGGAGAGCGUUUAUUCUGGGCUGGAGGAUUCUGGCAGUGACAGCAGCACGGAGGAGGAGGAGGAAGAUGCCAAUGACCAGUGUGUUGAAAAGAAAGUGAAAGAUGUUUCGCACUCGGAAAAGAUGCGGGCCGGAGCAACUUCCCAGAAGAAGGAGCAAUUGCACCAUAAGAAGCGGAGCUCAAAACCUCUCUUGGUGUCGAGCGAGCCCCAGCAACUGCCCACGGAGAACGAGUACGAGGAGGACAGCUCGGACGAGGAGGACAUCCGCAACACGGUGGGCAACAUCCCCGUGGAGUGGUACCAGGACUUCCCGCACGUGGGCUACGACCUGGAGGGUAAGAGGAUCUACAAGCCCAUCCGGAGCCUGGACGAGUUGGACAAGUUCCUGGACAAGAUGGAGAACCCCGAUUACUGGCGAACGGUCAGGGACAAGAUGACGGGGGCGGACGUGAAGCUGACGGACGAGCAGGUGGAGCUGGUGCAGCGGCUGCAGAGGGGGCAGUUCGGGGACGUCCGCUUCAACCCCUACGAGCCCGCGGUCGACUUCUUCAGCCACGAGGUCAUGAUCCACCCCGUGACGAACCGCCCGGCCGACAAGCGCAGCUUCAUCCCCUCCCUCAUCGAGAAGGAGAAGGUCUCCAAGAUGGUCCACGCCAUCAAGAUGGGCUGGAUCCAGCCCCGCAAGCCCAAGGAGGACGUGCCUACUUUCUACGACCUCUGGGCCCAGGAAGACCCCAACUCUGUGCUGGGGCGGCACAAAAUGCACGUGCCGGCCCCGAAGCUGCGGCUGCCGGGACACGAGGAGUCGUACAACCCCCCACCCGAGUACUUGCUCAGCGAGGAGGAGAGGCUGGCGUGGGAGCAGCAGGAGCCGGCGGAGCGGAAGCUGAACUUCGUGCCGCAGCGGUUCGGGUGCCUGCGCGCCGUCCCUGCCUACCCCCGCUUCAUCCACGAACGCUUCGAGCGCUGCCUCGACCUCUACCUGUGCCCGCGGCAGAGGAAGAUGCGGGUGAACGUGGACCCGGAGGACCUGAUCCCCAAACUGCCGAAGCCACGGGACCUGCAGCCAUUCCCCACCACCCAGGCCCUGGUCUACCGGGGGCACGGCAGCCUCGUGCGCUGCCUCAGCGUGUCCCCCAGCGGGCAGUGGCUGGUGUCAGGUGAGCGUGGCACACGGGACACGGGGGCUGUGCGGAGCCGGGCGCGCUCUGGCUGCAGGAGCAGCCUCCUCUGCCUCUGGGCUCUUCCAGGGUGCUGCAGGGGGGUGACGGCCAGGCCCCCGAAGCACCAAGAGCCUGGGGAUGAGCCAGACUCGGGGGCUCAGCCGUGCCGCAGGAAGGGGGGGGCUCCAGCUGCCGGCGGGACCCCCCCAGGAGCAGCGGGGAAAGUGAGCCUGGAGCGGCGGGCGGCAGAGCCCGCUGCGGCCUGGGAGGCGGGAGAUUGGGAGCAGAUGCCGUUUAAUGGCACACGUGCUUUUUAUAGCGCUCGAGUUUCCAGGCUGGCAGCUGCCGGCGGCCUCCUCGGCUCUCGGGCGUUGCACAACUCCCGGAUUCCUGGCCGCGGGCUGGGAACGCGGCUGACAUCAGGCGGCAAAAAUAGCCCGAGCGGCAGGCGGGGGGGGGCCGGGGGGCGGAGGUUGAAGACGCUGCCGGUGGGCGGCGCGGUGAAGAGCGUGGCCUGGAACCCCAACCCCGCCGUGUGCCUCGUGGCCGUCUGCGUGGAGCAGGCCGUGCUGCUGGUGAACCCCUGCCUGGGGGACAAGCUGCUGUACGGGGCCACGGACCAGCUGCUCGACGCCUACGUGCCCCCGGAGGAGGAGCGGCUGCAGCCCGUCCAGUGGGUCGCGGCCACGGCUGAGGAGCACGCGCGGGGCGUCCGGCUCGUCGUCCAGCACGGAAAGGCAGUGAAGCAGGUGACCUGGCACGGGAAAGGCGACUACUUCGCCAGCGUCCUGCCUGACAACGGGCACGUGCAGGUGCUGAUCCACCAGGCCAGCAAGCGCUGGAGCCAGAGCCCCUUCCGCAAGAGCAAGGGGCAGGUGCAGUGCGUGCUCUUCCACCCCACGCGCCCCUUCUUCCUCGUGGCCACGCAGCGCUUCGUGCGCGUCUACAACCUCCUCAAGCAGGAGCUGACCAAGAAGCUCAUGGCCAACUGCAAGUGGGUGUCCAGCCUGGCCAUCCACCCCGGGGGCGACAACGUGAUCUGCGGCAGCUACGACAGCAAGCUGACCUGGUUCGACAUGGACCUCUCCACCAAGCCCUACAAGGUGUUGAGGCACCACAGGAAGGCGCUGAGGGCCGUGGCCUUCCACAAGCACUACCCGCUCUUCGCCUCGGGCUCGGACGACGGGACCGUCAUCGUCUGCCACGGCAUGGUCUACAACGACCUGCUCCAGAACCCGCUGCUGGUGCCCGUGAAGGUGCUGAAGGGCCACGCGCUGACCCAGGACCUGGGCGUGCUGGACGUCGCCUUCCACCCCACGCAGCCCUGGCUCUUCUCUGCGGGCGCCGACGCCACCGUCCGCCUCUACACGUAGCGCUGGGGGCACGCACGGACUGCGGGUGGCGGGGGCACAGCCCGGAGCGGGCUCGGCCGGGGGCUUCCCCAUUAAACACGGUUGGAGACAG